CCAGCAGUGCCAAAACACACAAUGAAGCUGACAUCGGCCACCAAGAAUCUCAAGACAAAGACAGGGAAACAUCAAAAGAAAGACAAAAUAAAUGAGAGGAAAGGUAAACCUCUGAAAAAGGACAACAAAACCAAAGAGACAAAACAGGAGAGGAAGGAGGGCACAAAUCCGGCAUACUUCCCCUACUUCAAAGACAACUACUGUCCCCCGGAGUGUGCCUGCUAUGGACGAGUGGUCCAGUGUUCCGACAAGGGGGUGGAGAAGGUUCCGUACGGCAUCCCUUAUAACUCCCGCUACGUCCUCCUGAUGAACAACCGCAUCGACAGCAUUCAGCUGGACCUGCUCAAUGAGUACCUGUCCAUGGAGUUCCUGGUGCUCAGCAACAACCGGCUGACAGACGGCUCCAUCGAGGGGGCCUUCGAGGGCAUCCCGGCCCUGAGGCGGCUCUACCUGGACCGGAACCUACUGGAGAGYGUGCCCACAGACCUGCCCGCCUCCCUGGAAGAGCUGCGUCUGGAURACAACCRKCUKAAYGUGAUGUCGGAGGGGGCCUGGGCCCACUGCCCCGGCCUGCUGGUCCUCAGCCUSAGCAACAACAGCCUGGGGAAUGGGAAYGAUACUCUCCCCGCCAGUGUGCUCUCACCUCUGGGCAGYCUGCGCACCCUCAGCCUGGACCRCAACCGGCUGGCCUCGGUGCCUCUGGGCUUACCGCUAUCUAUCAGGGAGUUGUACCUCCGUGGCAACCUUAUCCAGAAGUUCCCAGGGGAGGCCUUCAUGGGUACCUCAGAGCUGGUGAUUCUGGAUUUGAGCGCUAACCGGCUAACCAACCAUGGCCUGCUCAGGGAGUCCCUCGUCAACGCCACCCACCUGGAGAGCCUCAACUUAGAGGGCAACCAGCUCAAGAAGGUACCCCGCCACCUCCCCUCUUCCCUCAAAACCCUCAACCUGGAGAGCAACCUCAUCUCCUCCGUGGGCAAAGCCUCCUUCCUCCACCUCCCCCACCUGGAGCACCUGGGCCUUGCCAGUAACAAGAUAGCCAGGGUGGCCUCGGGGGCCUUCAGGGCGCUGCCCGUCCUGCACCAACUGGACCUGUGUCACAACGCCCUGAACCAGGUGCCCAGGCAGCUGCCCCGGGGGCUACACUCGGUGGCACUCACACACAACAAGAUCCACUCAGUGCCCCGCGAUGCCUUCUGCUGGGGGGGUUCAGACCCCGGCCUCAGCAGCCUGGUGCUGGUGCAGCUGGAGCACAACCUCAUAGACCUGGGCCACCUGGACGCAAAAGCCUUCCACUGCCUCAGAGGCUUCCAGGUGGUACACUUCUACUGAGCUGCAGUCUAUAGAAUCCUGCAGGACAGUCAUACUGCAAAUAUAGAUUAUAGACAAUCCCACAACUGAAACCAAUUGCAGUGUUUUUUCUGCUCAACCUGAAAGUCUGUUGGGCUCCAACAUGGGGGUAAAAUGUUCUGCAAUACACAUAGAGAAACAGACAUCAUGUCGGGAGCUGAUUUUGAUUCAACAUUACAAGAUAACAAUGCAAGAUGGCCAGUUGAGUGAACUUGGAUCUCAAUGUGGAUAGCUAUACUGUACUGUAUGUCGUUGCUUUGGGUAAAGCUGUGAUUGAUGGAAGCCGCGAUAAGUGUUCAGCAAAAAUACUUACUUGAACCGCUCCCAUGAAGUCUGUGUUGAAAGACUAUGGCCUACUUCAAGGUCAAUGAUGCCACAUGCAGUUGAAGUCGAAAGUUUACAUACACCUUAGCCAAAUACAUUUAAACUCAGUUUUUCACAAUUCAUGACAU